AGAAGAACAGUUCGGCACACGGAACUCAUUUUGCUCUUAUUUCUCUUUUCCAGCAUCUCUGGAUGUAUGAAAAUAAGUCAGCAGUGAAUGAUUUUGAAGACUCGUGCUGUGUAUUCUUUCAUUCUUGGCACAUUGUUCAGAAGAAUGUCGUCUGUGGUUUCUGGACUCCAGGACAGAAGUGUGAUUUGGGAGACGCAGGAGUUGUUGGCCUUUCUGCACUCCUCCCCGUGGACUCCAGGGGCCGCUGUUGUUACUCUUAAGAGCCCUGACAGCACGAGGAGCCUCUUCCAUUUACCCACCGAGUCUUUCCUGCGUCUGCUGCUGGGUGCAAGAACGGUAGCGCUGCUUCUUUGUGACAGGCUGGGUGUGCAGCGCUGUGCCCUGGUCCAUACGCCACACAGACGAGCAGACAACUCCCGUGUGGAACUCCAUGUGGUGCCCCUCCACGGUCUGGUGGCAGAUUGGAAGCCUCAACUUGCUGUGGAGGAAGAUUUCCAGCUGUAUGACCCUGGAUACAUCAGCUCCAAGAGUGGACCACGCUGGACCGAUUCAGAUCUAGAGGCCGUCAGGACCCGCAUCCGGGCUCAGCUGCCCGCUCCAAAUGCAACUCUGAACUACACCUUCCUGGGCGAUCCCUCUGAUCCUGGGCUAUUCCCGCGGAUCGUGCGUGGAGAGGAGAAGCAGUGGAGGGUUUGGGAAGAUGACGGUCAUGUUGCUUUCCUCACGCCAUUUCCCAACACACCCGGACUCACUGUCCUGGUUCCCCGUAAACCGCUCUCAAGUGACAUAUUCCGACUGGAGAAGAGGGACUACGAGGAGCUGGUGCUGGCGACCAAAAAGGUGUCUCAGCUGCUUGAGGCGGGGCUUGAUGCAUGGGGGGUGGGGCUUAUAUUUGAGGGAUAUGAAAUUGAUUAUGCUCAUGCCAAACUGAUUCCGCUGAUCUCUUCACCUGAUGAAACAAAGAUGAGACUCACCUGUCCUGUGCCGGAGUUUUAUCACAGGUACCCUGGAUAUGUGACAUCAGUUAACGGUCCACCAGCCAGCAAAGAAAGUCUUAGAGAGAUGUGUGCCAAAAUUACCAUACGUUAAACAUUUUCUACAGAUUUCAUCACAGUUGUUAAUGGAAAUGACAGAACUACUUUUUCCAAAACAAAAUGAUUUCAACAUUUGAGGUUUUGUCAAUAAUGUCUCAAUUUUUAGUUGCACUCAUUAUGUUAAUUGUUGAACAUGAUUUAAUGGCUGUUAAAAUGAAGAGAUAUGGUGUUAAUUUAAUGGGUGAAUCAUAUUCACGAUACAAACCAUCAUUAUAUGAACCUCAUAUUUACUAAUGAAUCAACAGAGCAUUGACAUAAGAUGCUAAUAUAUUGUUUUAUAUCUGAUUA